UUGGGUGACCUCAGCCCAAGCCAACAAAAUGGUGGCAAAAGCCAUCUCUUCUUCUCUUCUUUUGCUCAUCAUCUUCUCCUCCUCUUCGCUAGCCGCAUCCCAAACGAAAACAGAGGAUGGAGAAAGGCAAAUUCUCCUCCGAAUCAGGAAGGACUGGGGCAACCCCUCGGUUCUCGGCUCUUGGAACGACUCCACCCCCACCAGACACUGCAAAUGGACCGGAAUUCAAUGCUCCGCUGAUGGCUCUGUGACCAAUAUCACACUUUCCAACCAGAACAUCGCCCAACCCAUCCCCGCCGCCAUAUGCAAGCUGAAAAAUCUCUCCAUCCUCGACCUCAGUUACAACGACAUCCCCGGCACCUUUCCCACAUCCCUCUACAACUGCUCUAACCUCCUCUACCUCGACCUCUCCUCGAACCACCUCGUCGGCGUCAUACCCUCCGAUAUCUACCGUCUCUCUCCCCGUCUCACUGACCUCAUCCUCUCAGACAAUAACUUCACCGGAGAAAUUCCGCCUUCCAUCGGCCGGCUCUCGGCGAUUGAACAUCUCUCUCUCUAUACCAACUUCUUCAAUGCGUCAUUCCCAGCAGGGCUCGGCAACCUCUCAAACCUCCAAACCCUAAGGCUUGGACGUAAUCCCUUCGCUCCAGCAACGAUCCCUCCAACUUUCCGCAAUUUGACUCAGCUGAGCUUCCUGGGUAUGGGACAGGCUAAUUUGAAGGGCGAGAUCCCUGAAUUCAUCGGAGAGUUGACGGGGAUGCGGGUAUUGUACCUACAGCAGAACUCCCUCAGUGGAAGCAUACCCGCCGGAAUAUGGAAUCUAAAGAGCCUCUCUGUCCUUUAUAUGUUCGACAACCGGUUUUCCGGCGAGAUCCCGGAGAGCAUCGGAGAGUUGACGGAGAUGACCGAAUUGGCACUAGCGGAGAACUCCCUCAGUGGAAGCAUACCCAACGGAAUCUGGAAUCUAAAGAAGUUGCGGACCCUUUAUUUAUAUGCAAACAACCUAACUGGAGCGAUCAACAUCGACAGACCAAUUGGCGCCUUGGGGCUGGAACAGAUCGACGUCUCCGCCAAUCAAUUAAAUGGAUCCUUCCCGGAGGAAUUCGGCAAGCUUCAGAACCUCGCUAUCCUUGAUAUGUUCGACAACCGGUUUUCCGGCACCCUACCGGACAAAUUGCCACCGGGACUCAGGUGGCUGGACAUCGCGAACAACAAAUUCUCCGGCAACAUUCCAUCAACGGCUAAAAGUUUGCGGUCCCUUACGGCGUACAACAACUUACUAUCCGGUAAUAUUCCAGUUGUCUUAACCGGAAUCUCCGAACUCGUGGUGCUAUAUCUGGGAGGAAACCAGAUCUCUGGUCAAAUCCCGCCAGGGAUAUCAGAGCUGAAAUAUCUGUCUGUUCUUAAUCUCAGCAGCAACCAUCUUGUUGGCGAGAUUCCUGCGGCAAUUGGGUCCCUACAGGUACUCAAGUCACUCGACCUAUCGACUAACCAACUGUCCGGCUCGAUUCCGUCAGAGAUCGGAGACCUCAGGCUCCCCAAGCUCAACCUCUCGUCCAACCGGCUCUCUGGCGAGAUCCCGAUCUCAUUACAGGACGCAGCCUACAAUCGAAGCUUCCUCUCAAACCCCAGCCUCUGCGCUUCCAGUGAGUUCUUAAACGUCCCCAUCUGCAAACAUGGAUCACAUGGCUUGCAAUGGAAGCUCCGUAUGAUGCUCAUCGUUCUCGCUUCACUCGUCUCCUUGAUGGCCACUGUCUUCGCUGCGUUCGCAAGAAGAGGGCGCCAUGGGAGAAGCAAUGGCAGAGUUCUACCCACGUGGAAGAUGAUGUCUUUCUAUCCGUUGGAUUUUCCUGAGUCCACCAUCCUAAGUGGGCUUACGGAGGACAACCUUAUCGGGAGCGGCGGUGGUGGAAAAGUAUAUCGGAUUGUGCUUGAAAACCACGUCGCACAGAUCGUGGCCGUUAAAAAGAUCUGGAACAGUAGGAAGCUUGAUUCCCUACUGGAGAAGGAGUUCCAAUCCGAGGUCCAAAUCCUAGGUUCAAUCCGGCAUGCUAGUAUUGUUAAACUACUUUGCUGCCUCUGGAGCGUCGAUAUGAAACUGCUGGUGUACGAGUACAUGGAGAACGGGAGCCUGGAUCGGUGGCUUCACAAGAAGUGGAGGGUGGGGGAGCAAAUCGAAGAGAUGAACUCCGAUCACAGGCCUUUA